AUGCCUAAACAAGCAAUCAUCGAACCUUCGAUUGAGGCAAUUAAUAUCAUCGAUACCCCUAUUACCACCCCUGGAAAUCGGGAGGUCGUCAUUAGAGUAGUCGUCGCCGGCACAAACCCAAAAGAUUGGAAAUACCCCUUAUGGAAGAACUGGGCCCACAACAGCGGCGACGAUAUGGCCGGAUUCGUUCACUCCGUGGGCGCAGACGUCUAUGAAUUCAACCCGGGCGACCGCGUUGCUGCGUAUCAUGAGUCUGGAAAGCAACAUGGCACUUUCGCAGAAUAUGCCGUCGCCCCCGACUGGACGAUCUUCCACAUUCCGGAGAAGCUGUCUUUUGAGGAGGCUGCUACCGUCCCGACUGCCGCGCUUACUGCUGCCGUUGCCCUCUAUGCCGACAUGAGGCUCCCGCCGCCAUAUGAAGGCGGCGAUGGGAAUACCGUGCAGAGAAACAAGGUCCCUUUACUGAUAUACGGCAUCUCAUCAGCAGUCGGGGCAUUUGCUGCCAAACUUGCAAGGCUCUCCGGCCUCGGUCCCAUCAUUGGCAUCGCUGGCCGAGCGACUGAAUUUGCCAAUAGCUUGGCUGACCACGUCGUUGAUUACCGUCAAGGCGAAGAUGGAGUUGUCUUCGCCAUAGAGGCGAUCCUUGCCAAGGAAGGACUGGCUACCAAGAUGCCCUAUGUCUUCGAUGCCAUUAGCGAGAAUGGGUCACUAGAAACUACCCUUCGUCUCAUUGACCCCGACGGCGGAGUUGUGAGCACAGUUCUGCCACCAAAGCUGUUUGCCCGAGAUAGAGACAAUUACGCAUAUCCAGACGGCGUCAAAGGCAUCAACAGUGCCGUUCCGACAGUGCACUCCACAGACAAGGACUUUGGAUAUCUCUGGUCCCGCUACUUGGGACGGCUCCUGGAGGACGGCAGAUUGAGAGGCCAUCCGUAUGAGGUCAUGCCCGGUGGUUUGAGCGGUGUCUUGACAGCGCUACAGAAGCUGAAGAAUGGAGAAGCCAGUGCGGUCAAGUAUGUUUGCAGGAUCGACGAGACUCAGGAUUUGCUCAGGUCCAAUGUGCUCGUUGGCAAGCAGGUUUCAGGAGCUGAAGAUCGACCACAGUCGCAUACGAGCUCUCACGCAUUGAGAGAUUUCCCAUUUCCUUCGUGA